AUGAACCACUUUAGGGACUCCCAGAAAGCGUGGCUCAAAGACAAAGACUCGCGAGUAGAGCUCAUCCUCGGCUUCGUCGAGCCAUGCCGUGACCCUGCAGGUUUGAGGGCCGGGUUUGAGUCCGAGGACAUCCGGGAUACAUGCGGCUUCAAGAAUGUCAUGAUUGCGAAUCGCAACAGGCCGCCAAACCUAGGCCUUGUUAACGCCGAAAAGGAAGCCCCCUUUGUUGCGGCGGAAGAAGCCAGAGAGUAUCUCAGCCACGAGUACUACUCAUCCGAGAUUCGCAUUGCCGCUCAUGAGCUGCUCGGCCACGGCACUGGCAACCGGCUGGCUUCGUGA